UCCGGAAAAGAAGAAAGGAAGAAGAAGAAGAUGAUGGAUCGAGUCUAUUGCUGACAUGAACCUUUCCCACUUUCUUGUUUUUAGUAUAAAUUCUCGUGAGAGGCCUCACAUGCCCAUAAUUUCCUUCGCCAUCACCGCCUUCUUCUACAUCACUCACGUUUUUCACUCUGUUUCCUCCCUCUUUCUCGCUUCUACUUCCAUCCCCAUUCCUAAUCUCACUUCCCUCUGAUUCCCCUUUCUUCCCGCUUUCGAUUCAUUUCCCUUUGGAAGGAGUGACUGAUUUUUGUUAGAUUUGGCGUUGGCUGUGAGACGGGUGCGAUGGAUUCUUGCUUUGUGUCUUUGAAACCCAAUACCCAUUUGGUGAAGGGAAACUGGGGUGGUCUGAAUCGUGGAGAAAAUGGAUUGUAUGGAGAGAAAGUUAGUGGAGGUCUGAAUGGUAAUGCCUGGGUUAAUCGCCUCGCUAAGAGUUUCAAAGCUGAGAAGAAAGCUUGGAAGGUCACUCCUAAUGUUGUUUAUGCUGUUGCCACACCAAAUAUGGCCAAACAGGCUGCGAGCAUUCAAGCGCCACCAUUUCCCAGAGUAAAAGUUAACCCCAAAAAUGUUGCUUCUAUCAUAUUGGGAGGGGGUGCCGGGACUCAGCUGUUUCCCCUUACUAUAAGAUCUGCAACCCCCGCUGUUCCAGUUGGAGGAUGCUAUAGGCUUAUAGAUAUUCCAAUGAGCAACUGCAUUAACAGUGGGAUCAACAAGAUAUUUGUGCUUACCCAGUUCAACUCUGCUUCUUUGAAUCGUCAUAUUUCACGCACAUACUUCGGAAACGGUGUCAACUUCGGAGAAGGAUUUGUGGAGGUUCUUGCGGCCACUCAAACACCUGGGGAAUCCGGCAUGUACUGGUUCCAAGGAACUGCGGAUGCUGUGAGACAAUUUGUUUGGGUAUUUGAGGAUGCCAAGAACAGAAAUGUUGAGAACAUUCUAAUUUUAGCAGGGGAUCACCUUUACAGAAUGGACUAUAUGGACUUUGUGCAGCAUCAUGUUGAUAGAAACGCUGACAUUUCGAUCUCGUGCGCAGCUGUGGGCGAAAGCCGCGCAUCAGACUAUGGAUUGGUGAAAGUAGAUUGCAGAGGUCGAAUUAUCCAGUUUUCUGAGAAGCCAAAGGGUGCCAAUUUGAAUGCAAUGCGAGUAGAUACAACUUCAUUGGGUUUGUCUCAGGAGGAGUCGUUGAAGUCCCCUUACAUUGCGUCGAUGGGAGUUUAUGUUUUCAAAACAGAUACUUUGCUAAAACUUUUGAAGUGGAGAUAUCCUACAGCCAAUGACUUUGGCUCUGAAAUCAUUCCUGCGGCUAUAGAGGAGCACAGUGUCCAAGCCUAUAUGUUUAGAGACUACUGGGAGGACAUUGGUACAAUAAAGACCUUCUAUGAUGCAAACUUGGCCCUCACGGAAGAGUUUCCCAAGUUUGAAUUUUAUGACCCCAAAACGCCCAUCUAUACAUCUCCUCGAUUCCUACCGCCAACCAAGAUCGACAAAUGUCAGAUUGUUGAUGCAAUAAUCUCACAUGGAUGCUUUUUGAGAGAAUGUAGCAUCCAGCAUUCGAUAGUUGGUGAACGGUCAAGAUUAGACUACGGUGUUGAACUUAAGGAUACUAUAAUGAUGGGUGCAGACAACUACCAAACCGAAUCUGAAAUUGCAGCUUUGCUAGCAGAGGGAAAGGUCCCCAUCGGGAUUGGACGAAACACGAAAAUCAGGAACUGUGUAAUCGACAAGAACGCAAAAAUUGGAAAAGAUGUUAUCGUUAUGAACAAAGAUGGUGUUCAAGAAGCAGAUCGGCCAGAAGAAGGAUUCUACAUUCGGUCGGGAGUCACGAUCAUACUGGAAAAGGCAACGAUCGAAGAUGGGACGGUUAUAUAAACAGAUGUCAAAGUGUGUUGAGCCCUGAGAGGUGGAAAAAGAAAGCAAGCUGUGAAGUUGUUAUCAUGAGAGACUGCACUGUGGGAGCUGAAGAAUGGGAUUUGCAGCAUUUCUGGGUGAGAAUUUGAAGCUGGUUGGUUACAAAGAUUGAAUUUGAAGCUUCAUUCAGAUAUAGGAGUUUUGGAGAGGAAAUUUUACAUGUUCCACUUUAUUAUAUAUAUUAUUAUAUAAAAUAUAGUAGGAGAGAUCGAAACUAGAGCUUCUAAGUCUCAGUGUAUUUCUCUCCAAUAAGAGUGGCUACUAACUAGCCAGUUUAGUAUUGUUAUUUUAUGUACAUAGGAUUUAUAUGUUGAUCUUUAUGGUGUAUUAUCCAUACUCGUUACAUUUAUCA